AUGGAUAAUGGGGCUGAGGUAUUUGCGAAGCUCCCAAAUCCAAAUGCUGGGCCCUCUGGAUACACCACCGCUUCUGAGGUCGCUACGCACGUGUUGCUACGUGAUGUUUUCAAGAUUCCCGUUCCACAGGUUCUUGCAUGGUCCUUUGAUGCAACAAAUAGCCCUGUUGAGGCGGAAUAUAUCGUUACAGAGAAGGCACCAGGGAUCAGACUUGGCUCUGUCUGGAGCCAAUGGCCACAGGAAGCGAAGCUGAAGCUCAUCAGACAAAUUGUUGACAUAGAGGAUAGGUUGACCACUAUAUCAUUUUCUCAGCACGGCUGUAUUUAUUUCAAGGACGACCUUCGUUCAUUGGCCGGAGACGCAGAGGACAUUAAUAUCGAGUCUCCUACUGCUGAAUCCCUCAGUCGCUUUUCCAUCGGGCCAUUAACGUCCGCAGAACUGUGGGAGGGUACUAAGAGGGGUAUGCGAUUAGACCGUGGUCCCUGGCGUGACCCACAAGAGUAUACACAAGCAUUAGGGCGAAAUGAAAUUGCAUGGAUUAAAUCACACGCCUGUCCUCGAAUGAAUUACUACAGGUCAGACCGAGAGCAUGAGCUUCCUGAUGAUGGUGUUGCUCUUCUUACCAAGUAUAUGGACGUGGCACCUUAUCUAGUUCCUUCACCCACCAAUGAAGCAGCAAUGUCCAAAGUGAUCUGGCACCCUGAUCUUCACCUGGACAAUGUCUUUAUCGAUCCGGAUACAUAUGAAAUCACCUCCAUUGUGGACUGGCAAUCUGCAUGUAUUGCUCCUCUAUUCUAUCAAUCGGAAGUUCCGAGGAUGUUUAGACAUCCGGGGCCUGUUCGAGAGGGCUGGGUUGUACCAGAACGUCCUGAAAACUUCGAUACCCUAAGUGAAGACGAGCGAAGGAUGAUAGACGAGAAUUUGGAAAGUGAGACUAUACAUAAAUAUUACGAGGCUCAGGUUUACAAACGAGCACCUUCUCACUGGGAUGUACUUCACGAUUCAUCCAUUCCAAUCCUCAGGAAACCUGUCUGGCUGGUAAGUGGCGUGUGGCAAAAUCGGGAUCUCUUCUUCUUGCGUCAGUCACUUCUAUCCCUCGCUACCCAUUGGCAAGAAAUUUUUGCAAACGAUCAGUUAACCUGUCCGAUCGAGUUCACCGAGGAGGAACUUGAGCUUUACUCUAAGGAGGAAGAAAAUAUUGAUGGGGUUGGACGCAUGCUUGCAUUGUUUCGGGACCAGGGGGUCCUACCAGUCGAUGGAAUGGUGGACCCGGAAGACUACGAAACUGUUAUUGAAAAUAGACGCAGAUUCAAGGACAUCUUUGUUGGAUUGGCCAAAGAUGAAGCCGAGAGGAAGUUAUAUGAAAAACUCUGGCCAUAUCAAAUGUGA